GGGGCGUUCUUAGCGAUUAAUUCAAUUAUUGCUGUCAGAGUCUUCCUCUUUAACUGUCUGGCAAUGCAACACACUUCCUCCACAAUGGCGGCAAGGGGAUUUUUGCAUUCUAUUCUCAUUGUAUUUGCUCUCAUAAACGAAUUUAUAUGUCAAUUCCCAGAAGGACAUCUAAAGCCUCUUGGGUCACACAUUCCACCUGAUCAAGUGGAUGAAGUAAUGAUGGACAAUAUGGUGAACCCUAGAGACUUCAUGGAAAAAUACGUACUUCCACGCAAACCUCUUGUCUUUCGAGGUAACGUCAAGGAAUGGCCAGCAUUCUACAAGUGGACUGAUGAUUAUCUAAAAGAAAACUAUGGUAAACUAGAGCUACGCAUGGAAGGAAGAAAAGAAAAACAAUCUUCAAUCCCACAAGGUGAUAUUUGUCUUGGUAGAGAUUCCAUGAAGAAUUUUAUCAAUACAUACCACAAUUCUGAUGUAAAUAAAUAUGUGGUGAGCGAACUUCCUGCACCUCUCUACAAAUAUGUGAAGAUUCCUCCCCCUAUGGGCUGUGGGGAUUUGUCCACAAAUUUUGUUGAGGUUGAUAUGUGGAUAAAUUCAGGUGGUGCACGUAGUAUUUUGCACAAGGAUGCUUUUAACACAAUCAACUGUGUUGUGAAUGGUUCCAAAGAAUGGAAAUUAGUUGAAUUCAAAUAUAAUGAUUUGAUUUAUCAAGCUUGGGAAGGACCUCAAGAAGCUGGUUAUGGUGGAUACUCGUUGAUAAAUCCAGAAAAAGUCGACUUUGAAAAGUUUCCUAAAAUUGCUGAGAUACCGAAAUGGCUGUAUACUCACGUGAAAGCAGGAGAUUGCUUGUACCUCCCCUCACAAAUGUGGCAUGUUGUUCAUUCGCAUGGUGAUCAAAACAUUGCUGUAGCACUGCUGUUUAAUCAGUUUCAUGAAACAAAACCAGAGGAUGUGAAUUAUGCUGACUGUGCAGAUAAACCGAAUGCGAUACCUUUGGAUCAGGUGGACCCAGAUUGGAAGUAUGCCGGCUUUGGUCGUAUGUCGAUGGGUAAUGCUGAGUUGCCCAUGUAUUGGGAGCAAAUAGAGGGAUUCUUUAACAAAAAAACGAACACGCUUUCUAAGAAGGCGAUUUAUAAGGUAUCAUUGAGUGUACUUAUUGGUUUCCAGAACGCAAAAAAGAUUGCUAAAUUACGUACAAAUGCGAUAUUUGAGAAGCUUAGUAAGUUAAACCCCGGUGGCGCGGUCACAUUUGAAAUGGUUAAAAACCUACCAAAGGAUGAAAUACGAGAGAUGAUAAACGAGUACAUGGAACCACCCGUAGCAUCGAAUUCAUGUGACCACGAGUAUUUUCAUUUUUCUUCGGAUUUAAUUACAGAGAUAGUUGAGCGGUUGGCGAAAUCUAAUAACGGUGUUGUCUUUAAAAAAGAUUUUAUUGAGAGUUAUCUCCAGAGUGGCGGACAUAUCAAGAUAGCGGAAGAAAUGUGGAGUAAAUAUGGUGGAGAUAAAGAAAGUGUUCAACUAGAAGGUUCGGAGGAAAAUUUGGAAAAAGCUCUGGAGAAAUUCGAAUUUUUUAAAUCUGAAGAAGAUGGGGAAGAAGACGAAGAAAAGCUGUCGGAUAGAAACGAUAUCAUUGGCGGGUUUAAGUCGGAGGAAAGAAGAAUGAAGCCGGACUUCAAAGAUGACGAAUCGGCGACUGAUAAAACGUCGACGGGAAAAGAAACACCGACGUCGGAAAAGAAACAAGAGCAGCCGAAAGAAGAGCUUUAAGUAACGUGGCACUUGCAUGCGUUUUGCGGUUUGUUUAAAGUUGUGGUUGGUUUGGAUCUUAGACGAUUAUUAACUCAGAAUUAACAAUAGGUAUUGCCUUCAUCUUUUCACAACAUUCCGCAAAAUAGUUUAUCAUAAAUGCUCUUAAAAUUUUAACUUUAGGGUGGGCGCUAAUUCGAGAGGGGCGGUAAAUCGAGAGAAGCGCUUUUUUAAAUAAAAUUAAUUUUUGUGUUAUGUUAAGUCUUUCAUUUUAGGAAAUUGUAAUGGUCGUGAAAUAUAAAAACAGGAGUUUUUUUUUUAAUUUCCAAAACAAUAAAUAAGCGCCUACUUUUUCUUAGCAAUAUGCUCAAUUGACCGAUCCUACGCCUUUAUUUAGGGCGCUUAUAAAAAAAUUACAAAACAGGGCGGGCGUUUUUUGAGAUUGGGCGCAUUUGGGGUACAUAAAUGAGAUUGUAUUUCACUAAUUAAGCAAUCGUGUUAAUAAAAAAACGAAAAAUUGUCCUACGAACGAGGUUGAAAAUAAUUUUCGUCACGAAUGAGUAUUAUUUUACGUUUUUGAAACGUUUUCAAUCUCAUUAUAUUUCCCUUUAAAAGUUCUUAGAAGUAACGUGAUUGUAUUUUGUAAUUUUUUUUUUUGGUAAAUUUUUUCUAUUUGUUCUUAUUUUUAUAAUUCACGUAUUUAAAUGUCAUUUUGGCUGUACAUAUUUUAAUAUUAGAAAGAAACAAAUCAUAAGUAUUUUUAUGUGCAGUGCAUUCAAUAAUAUAUCGCUACCAACUUCUU